UUAAUAGCUUUUUGGUAAACCACUUCUGUGACUGUAUUUUGUCAGUAUUUAUUCUGAGGAGGCUUCGAAUUAGAGCACAGGUCUUGUUUUCUGAGGCUGAGGGUGCUAUACAUACAUGCUAUACAAUAUUGAGAGUGGGAGUGUGUUUUCCAUCUGUGUGCGUAUCCUCUGCCAUGGCAUCGCUAACAUCCUCCAGCCGCAGAUCCUCCUCAUCCUACCGCUCAUCAUCACGGUACAGCACCUCCAGCUCCUAUCGGUCAGAGGGCUCACUGGGUGGAUCAUCCGAUUCUCUGGAUCCCCUUUUCGAGCCAUUUCUUGACUCUACUGAUCACUCCAGUCUGUUUGGAGAAGAAAGCUCCGGGGGAACCAGCUGUUUGACCCCCUUCAGCAGCUACAGCAGAGCCUCCUAUGGACACACUGCUCCUGUAGGAGGCGCUGUGACAGGACGGCAGAGCAGCACAGGUGGAGGAGUGCAAUGUCUGGGAGACAGCUACUUCAUGUCUGCUGAUGUCAGCCAGUUUGAGCCGCAUGACGUGGUAGUGAUGGCCUACAACCACCAUGUUGUCAUUCACGCUCAGAAGGUACUGGAUGAUGGAAGUGUCAGUGACACAUUUACCCACAAGUCCCUGUUUCCAGAGGAUAUGGACCCGUUGUCUGUCAGUGGGACCCUUAACCCUGAUGGUACCCUUGUGGUGAGGGUCCGCCGGACCACAGCGCUGGGUGGGCUGGAGCCCCCGGGUGUCCCGACCUACUGCAGUGAAGCUCACCUUUGAUUUGUGGCCUCAUAGUUUUUUUUUGUUUGUUUGUUUUUUACAGUUCUCAGCUGUUGAAGUGUUAUCAUUUUAAUAAAGUGUUGUAGGUGAGGUAGACUCACUGACCUAUCAAGCUGACACUGGAAUUCAAAUGAAUGAUCUGUACGUAUUAUAUAAUAUAAUAGUAAUAGUUAUUUUUGUCCAUUUGCUCAGUGUAUUGUUCCAUGGUAACAUAUCUCAACAGCUUUUGGCCAGAUUGCCAUUAUAUUUAAUUUAAUAUUUAACAUUAAUUUAAACUAUGGAAUUUAUCUUACUUUUUUAUUUUCAUCUUGUAAAUUCCUGGUGCAAACGAAG